GGCACCUUUGGCGCCGCCCCUUCGUUUGCUUCGCUGCCUUCUCCGCCCGGCGCUUCCCGCACAAGACGCGAGGAAGAGGAUGCCGAGCGCCGACGCCAGCCUGACCCCGCAGGUGCACUGGGCGCAGCGGCACCACCAGCUCUACCUGCGCGUGGAGCUCAGCGACGUCCAGGAUCCUGACAUCACAAUUACAGACAAUGUUCUCCAUUUCAAAGCUCAUGGCCACGGAGCCAAGGGAGACAACGUGUAUGAAUUUCAAAUUGAGUUCCUGGCACCAGUGGACUCGCAGCCAGCCUAUAAAAUGACACAGAGGCAGCUGAACAUCACCGUAACGAAGAAGGCGAGCCAGUGGUGGGAACGGCUGACCAAGCAGGAGAAGCGGCCGCUGUUCCUCGCUCCGGAUUUUGAUCGUUGGUUGGAUGAGUCGGAUGCUGAGAUGGAGCUGAAAGCCAAAGAGGAAGAAAGGGUUAACAAAAUCACCAUAGAGAACCGCAUCCCCAAAGACUCUUUCCGGCACCUGAAGAGAGGCUACCUCUUCAUGUACAACCUUGUCCAGUUCCUGGGCUUCUCAUGGAUCUUCGUGAACAUGACAGUUCGACUCUUCAUGCUGGGGAAAGACUCUUUCUUUGAUACUUUCCACACGAUGGCAGACAUGAUGUACUUCUGCCAGACGCUGGCUGUCAUUGAGAUUGUGAACACACUGAUUGGUCUGGUCCGGGCUCCUUUCAUGCCUGUCGUCCUCCAGGUCUUUGGGAGAAACUUUGUGUUGUUCCUUGUCCUUGGAGGUGUGGAAGAAAUGCAGAGCAAAGCUGUCGUUUUCUUCAUCUUCUAUAUUUGGAGCAUGGUGGAGAUCUUCAGGUAUCCGUUCUACAUGCUCUCAUGCCUCGAUAUAGAAUGGAAGAUCCUGACCUGGAUUCGAUACAGCAUCUGGAUGCCCCUCUACCCUCUGGGGAUCUUAGCAGAAGCUGUCUCCGUGAUUCAGGCUAUUCCCGUCUUCAGCAGCACCGGGAGAUUUAGCUUCAUGCUGCCCUACCCGCUGAACAUCACCGUUCCCUUCUCCGUUUUUCUCCAGCUCUACCUUGUCUUCUUGUUUCUAGGGCCAUUUGUGAAUUUCCGCUACCUCUACAAGCAACGGAAGAGACGCCUUGGACCCAAAAAGAGGAAAAUGCACUAGGCCGGAGCCUGGAAUGGUUCCUUUCUCUUCUUCUAAUCUACCUUGAAGGCAGGGUUAGGGCUCUCUCCUAACGGUUUUACUUACCCUGUUGAUCUGAAAAACCAGUUUUGUACAGUUAUACUCAACAUGCAUCUCCCCUCCCACAAGGAUGGAUCCAGGUGACAUCCCCCACCUCACAGUUAGGUCCAGCGACUCUUUGGGUCAACCUGAAAGGCUGAGCCAAUAGCCGUAGCCCUUGUGUCCUGUGCUACCUGCAAAUAAAACUGACCCCCUUGGUGGGAACACAACCCCCUGCCAUCUGGGAGCUGAGCAGUGUUUUCCUGGCUAAGUCCACAGGCAGAGGCAAGAGCUUCUCCACGCAGAAAAUUUUUAUGGGUUUUCCCAGUAUCAAAACCUUUGGAAUGGUCCCAGUGCAGAGAAGCUAGCUGGUCACUGCUUGUUGCUGAGGCUCCCAAGCCAAAGUCCUGAGCAGGGUGGCAACCUUAAGCACCCUUUCCUCUGGCCAGAAGGGGUGUGCUGGUGGUUUAUUGAGGCCUGCCUCUCUUUCCUUCUCUCUGCAGUGGAGAUGGCCAGCUGUGAGGUAAGUCAGAGGCCCCCUUCUCCCUCAGAAUUGCUACUGGCAUGCCCUUACUGUGCACAUCAGGGGUGGGGCACCUGUGACCCUCUAGAUUAGUGUUUCCCGAACUUGGGUCUCCAGCUGCCGUUGGACUACAACUCCCAUCAUCCCUCGCUAGCAGGACCAGUGGCCAGGGAUGAUGGGAGCUGUGGUGUUUGGAGACCCAAACAGUGUUCCAAAUGUUGCUGGACUGCAACUCCAACUAAUUCUGAGAGUUGGACAUGCAGGCAGGGACCAAUGGGAAUUGGGAGUCCCAACAUCUGGAGGACCAUAGCUUCCCCAUCCCUGGAUUCAUUUAUUUUCUUACGUCUGUAUUCUAAACCCCUUUAUGUGGAAGGACACCCUGUUGAUUCAGAACUUCUGCAGAAAUACACUUGUUUCUAGAGCUGGCUUGAUGGGAUCUCCUCCAGCUCACCAACCAGUAUCACAAUUCUGCUUCUGGUGCAAGAAGGCUUUUGAGUGGCUCCAUGGUUCUAGACGUGCUUUGUCUUUGAGGGGUCUAGGAAAGGCACCAUCCUGCCUUUAGAAUUGGGGUGGGGGGAGAAGCACUAUUUAUCCACCAGACUGGGCACAGGCACCCUCCUCGGGGCUAAUUUGGAGGUGACAAUUUCACCUUAAUUUACUCCAGGUGGGUAAAUGGUGGGGUUUGGGGGACCCAGGUCCUGAUCUGCCGGUAUUGACACUGACUUUCAACCGUAGCACACAGGGCACCUUACUUAGCCCUUUCCAUUGCUGUUCCAUCUGUUAAAAUUACAGUCUAGGGUGCAGCCACUUUUGUCAUGAAUCUGUAUUUGCUGGUCUUUCGGGAGGCAAAUAGAAUGUGUAUUUCUAAUAAUAAAGAUUUUAAAACUUC